AUGGACGUCCAAACUCUCCUAGCUUCUUGCUACGCCUCCAUAUUCUCCCGUUUAAUCUGCUACCCUCUGGACACAAUCGCGAUCCAACAUGCAUCCUCAACCCGUCGCCCAAUCUUCUCCGUUCCUCUCCGAACCUAUUACCGAGGUCUCCUACCUUCCACUGUCCUCGUCACACCGGCCAUAUCCGUCUAUCUCACAAUAUACCGCCAAUCAAAAGCCUCUUUGAUCCCACAUUUUGGCGAUACAACGACUACGUACCUCUUAGCCGGCACGACUGCCGAACUGGCCAGUUCGUUCGUUUGGACUCCCCUCGAAGUUAUAAAAUCACGGUUGCAAAUCUCGAGUACAUCAAAAGAAGGGAGUUUGAGUGAGAAUCUAAAGGAGAUAUGGCGUACGGAAGGUAUCCGGGGAUUCUAUAGGGGUUAUCUACUGGGGUUAAUAGUAUUCAUCCCUUACAACGGGAUCUGGUGGACGGUUUAUGAACACACGAAGAAAGCCGCACCGAGGGACUGGGCUAUUUCUUCACAAGCAGCACUUGGCGGUUGUGUAGCAACUAUGACGAGUGUAUGCUGUUGCCACCCAUUGGAUCUGAUAAAGACAAGAUAUCAGGUCGCGACCACGGCAACGGUCGGAAAGGUUGGAGGAGAGAGGUUAGAGGAUGCUAGAGGGAUUACAAAAGUAGUCCGGAAUGUUUUGGGAGAGAAGAGGUUUGGAUUGGGGUUCUAUAAGGGGCUCGGUGCUAGGUUGGUGUACGCGACUCCUAGCUCGUUGAUUUCGAUGGCUGUGUUUGAAUACUUUAGCCCGGAUAGGACGGUAGAGACCGCAUUGAGUGCUUCGCUGCGGGAGGGAAGCUUAGAGGAAGAGAGGCUUUAG